GACCCAAAAGAGAAAGAGACUCCCACGUCGUUUGGCAAACUCAGACUUGCCUCUAGGCAUUCGAUACAGAAAAAGUUAACAGGCAGAGAGAAUGGAGACGCCGGGACAGUGGUUGGAGGAGGCGCUGGUGGAUCUAUGCCAAAGGGUGGAGACGGGUCUGGGUUUGGGUAUGGAUACCGAUAUGAUAUCGGGCUUGGUUUCCUACUGCGAGCUUGCUCAUCCCCAAGACGCCAAAGAGUACCUUGACAAUAUUAUUGGCCAGGAAGCGGGCAAAACUGUCAUUGAGGAAUAUUUACAGAGGAGAGGUCACUCAAAUGUCAGCAGCAGUACCCAAGAUGUUCCAACUUCAAAAUUACAAGCCUAUGUCAAACCCCGCUCAGAUGAAGGUUCUGGCAGUGGAACCAAGAAACCAUUUAGAACACCAAAAGUGGUUUCAGUCCCCAGUUCUCAGGCAGUACCAAAAAAACAUAUAGUGUCCAGUUAUCAGGAAAACCAGGUCCCAUCUGAGACAAGUGAGUCAAGAACCAUCCAUAAAGGUAACCAAGUUAGUUCUAAAAAGAAGAAAGCUGGGAAAGUUGUUUCACUUGCAGAGGCUGCCAAAGGGUCAAUUGUAUUUCAGCAGGGGAAACCAUGCUCAUGCCAAGCCCGUCGACACAGACUGGUGAGCAAUUGUUUAUCUUGUGGCAAGAUAGUUUGUGAACAAGAGGGAGAGGGGCCUUGCAGUUUUUGUGGUGCCCUUGUGCUGAGGGAAGGGAGCACAUAUGCUGGUCUAGAUGAAAGUUUGCCUCUCCAAUCAGAUGCCGAAGAAGCUGCUGAAGCAUAUGCAAAAAGGCUCGUUGAAUAUGACCGGGAUUCUGCCGCACGUACAACAGUUAUUGAUGACCAGAGUGACUACUAUGAAAUCGAGGGGAACAGUUGGCUGUCAAUGGAGGAAAAGGAGCUUCUUAGGAAAAAACGAGAGGAUAUUGAAGAAGCUGAACAGGCUAAACGAAAUAAAGUGGUUGUGACUUUUGAUUUGGUCGGCCGCAAGGUUCUUUUGAAUGAAGAUGAUGUUUCAGAAUUAGAAUCAGAAAACAGAAUAUUACGGCCACCGGAUGAAAGAGAAGUGAACCGUAUCAAACCAAACCCCAUGCUUAAAGUACAGCCAGUCUUCGUGGACCCAGGCCCCAGUAAGAAGUCUGGUAGAGGAAAGCAACCAAACAAGAGCCUAACCGGCGGUUUAUGCUUGGAGAUAACAGGGAGGGUGCAGCAUGAUAGCAAUGAAUUGAAAUAUCUUAUGAAAGACAAGCAAGUGGAAACAACUUAAAAUGGGAAAGUUUGGGAACGGCCAUCAGUGAAUGUUCUCUAGAUUAUUACUGAGGUAUAUGGCCGGAUUACUAGGAGGUUUGUGCUCUCUUCUUUCUAUGUUUCAAUACAUUGGCAAGCACAGUUUUCUGAAUGGGUUAUUGAGCAUGCCAACUAUUGCUUUUUGGAAAUAGAUCAAUGAAAGUACAUAAAAUCUACCCUC